CUACCCUGACCAGCCUAGAGGUCUGGCUUCCCAGGCAACAUGAAGGCUCUCCUUAUUCUGGGGCUUCUCCUCCUUUCUGUCGCCGUCCAGGGCAAGGUCUUUGAAAGGUGUGAGUUGGCCAGAACUCUGAAAAGACUUGGAAUGGAUGGCUACAGGGGAGUCAGCCUGGCAAACUGGAUGUGUUUGGCCAGAUGGGAAAGUAGUUACAACACACGAGCUACAAAUUACAACCCUGGAAGCCAAAGCACCGAUUAUGGGAUAUUUCAGAUCAAUAGCCGCUACUGGUGUAACGACAACAAGACCCCCAGAGCAGUUAAUGCCUGUCGCAUAUCCUGCAACGUUUUGCUGCAAGAUGACAUCACUCAAGCUGUAGCGUGUGCAAAGAGGGUUGUCAGUGACCCACAAGGCAUCAGAGCAUGGGUGGCGUGGAGAAAUCGCUGUCAGAACCAGGAUCUCACUCAGUACGUUCGGGGUUGUGGAGUGUAACUGGAAUUUCCCUUCUUCAGCUCAUUUUGUCUUUUUUUCAUAUUAAGGGAGUGGUACUUGAGUGAAAGUCCACACUACUGUUCUUUCAAACAAAUAAUGUUUUUACGGAAGCCAGGAACAACAUAUGAUCUUUCUUCUAAGAGGCUAAUAUUUUCUAGUGUGUUUCUUAUUGGAUAGUAAGCCUACAACUCGUUUCAGUUUGCUAAUAGAACUAAUGCUGGUGAAAAUGUACCUAAAAAUCUUGAUUAUCAAAUAUGGCUCCAGUCCAUUCAGUUCUUAAUCAAAGAAAUAAGCCAGACCUCAUCUUGAAUGAUACAAGUACUCCUCAAUAUUCGAGAGACUAUUUUAAAACACAUUGAUCUUAGGCAAAAUCUCAGCCACGUAGGCAUUUGAUGUGUUCAUCUGUUCAGUCGACUCCCCAAAUAGUAAAAGAUAAUCAUUCUUUAUUGGGAAAUAUAAAAUUUACAAAGGAGCAGAAUGCCAAAUGCCUGGAAAUGGAGACAACCUGAAUUAAAAACUUUGUUUUCAUUAGGUACAACCUUUGGUUUAAAUGUUUUCUUAGAAAUGUUGCUUUUAUACAGCUUUAAGAAUGAACUCACAAUUUAUAUAGCCCUGUAAAGAACUCUUCUAUGCAUCUUGCUGAUCAUGAAGGAAUAUCAAGAAGGAUUAGAUGAGCUGUUGUUGUUUCUUAGUUUUAUCAGUUUAGAUCCAUGCAUUAUGACUAAAACUAGAGGCAGAUGAGUUUGAAAGUGGUAAAAUAAUUGCCAAUUAACCACCAGUGUGAAAUUUUCAUGUUGUAAAAAAAAAAAAAAAAUUUCAUUAAAGGCUUUG